GACCGAGCCCAUCUGUCCCCCCCUCUCUCUCUCUCUCUCUCUCUCUCUCAUCCCCUGUCUUUCUACCCGUGGGUCGCGUCCAUUGGGAUUACGGACUCUCUCUCUCUCUCCGAUCCUUCCUCGCCAUCACCGCCUCUUGCUGCUCGAACUCCACCUUAGCCUCUGUUGAGUAAUCUGCUAAAUGCUGCUGUUGAUUUCUAUGUACACAUACAUGCGUAAAUCAUGUUGUGUAUUCAACUCCUUUGGAGCCAGUCCAUAUGCGGCUUUUGCGCCGCUUCGAUUGGGCCCCGGUAUUGAACGGGAGGAUUGGUUCCCAGGAUCAGUCGAGGCGCCUUUAAAUCUAAUGAGCAAGGUGUGGAUCUGUUGAUGGAAACAGAAGUGGGUUAUUUACAUACCCUUUGAUAAUAUCUUAAAACAUUAGAUUCGAUGGCUCGUAAGGGUAACCAACAAAAGAAUGGGUGGGACAAUUUGUCAAACCACAAGAAAGGAGUUUCAGAUUCAGGGUGUCCAUUGCCAAAUACGAAAGGAAGAGGAAAAGUGAACCUGGCAAAGGUUGCUGGUGAGGAGAAACUCCCUAAUGGUAACCAACCGAGUGCACCCGUUUCAGAAGGUGGGAAUAAAACUGAUCAUGCAGGAGGUGAGAAUAGAAGCAAACAGAAAUCCAAGAAAUUUCAGAAGAAAGAGAAGCAAGGUAUGAGUGCUAUCCAUUCUGAAGAGCAAGCAGUGCCUUGUGAUUGUAACUCAGGAGAUUGCUUAGAGAAUAUUUCUACCGUGGAAGCUUCCGGUUUGACAGAAGAAAAUGGGAGGCCACCAAAUAGCACUCGUGGCCUAGAGGAUUCAAACUAUAGAUCUGGCCACUCGCCUAGUGGUUCUCACACAGAUGAUACAAUGGGUAAUUUAGAGUUCUCAGACUCUCUCAUCCUCAGGCACUUGAGGGUUUCAGCUUUAUCCAUUUUGAAGGCAGCUACAGAAUGUCUGCAGAGGCAGAAACCAUUGUUUAUUAGUCUGACAACUAACAUGUCAGAUGCUGCUUGUUAUGUUCAAAAGAAGAUUGAGCAUGCAUACCCAAUUGUCUUGAGGUGGCUCAUGCAUGUCGGGAACAUAGUGCUUCUUUUGUCAAUGGUUUGGUUGGACUGCACUCUAAGAGGCAUUGAGUCCUUUCUGCGCAUGGGUACAACAUCCUUCUUCUCGGUUAUUUGGUGCAGCAUUCUCUCUGUAAUUGCGAUGAUUGGAGUGUUAAAAUUUGUCCUGGUCCUGGUCAUAACAGCUUUGACUGGACAUUUUGUUGGAUUCACCAUUGGAUUUAUGUUUAUUGCUGUUUCUGGAAUCCUUUUAUUGUGGUUUUGUGGAAGUUUUUGGACAACAGGACUUGUCAUCUGCUCCGGAGGGUUGGCAUUCAUGUUGAGCCAUGAACGGAUUGCACUGUUAAUAACAACUUUGUAUUCUGUAUACAGUGCGUGGACAUAUGUUGGGUGGUUCGGUUUACUUUUGGCAUUGAACUUAUCCUUCAUAUCAAGUGAUGCUCUAAUGUUCUUCUUGAAGAACAACAUCAAUCAUAGGAUGCCCGACCAGGUCCCUGAACAAACAGCUGGAAUGGAAGGUCAACAGAGCUUCUUCUAUGGUGGACAGGGGCCCUCAUCCCCUGAAACUGGUUCUAGUCCAUCAUCUGAUCGUGGCCCUGGGAUACCUUCCACAAGUGGGACUGAUUUUGAGAUGUCAUCUGAAGAUGAAGUUGUUAGGUUGUUGAACUGUACAGAUCAUUAUUCAGCUUUGGGCCUGUCCCGUUUCGAAAAUGUAGAUGUUACGAUACUCAAGCGGGAAUAUAGGAAAAAGGCAAUGCUGGUCCACCCUGAUAAGAAUAUGGGCAAUGAAAAGGCUGCGGAAGCUUUUAAGAAACUUCAGAAUGCGUAUGAGGUUUUACUUGAUUCUUUGAAGCGAAAAUCAUAUGAUGAAGAAUUGAGGAGGGAGGAGCUACUGAACUAUUUCCGCAGGUUUCAAAAUGCUUCUCAAAAGAAUGGAAGGCAUAAGUUCUUUGCCUCUGGAUUUGCACACACCGCUACCGAUGGUGAGGACCCUUAUGGAGAGUCAAGGCGGAUCGCCUGUAGAAAGUGUGGAAAUUUUCAUGUCUGGAUUCAGACGAAAAAAUCAAAAUCUACAGCAAGAUGGUGCCAGGAUUGCAGAGAUUUUCAUCAAGCUAAAGAUGGAGAUGGAUGGGUUGAACAAUCUUCUCAACCGUUCUUUUUUGGAAUUUUGCAGAAGGUUGAUGCACCUCGUGCAUAUGUUUGCGCUGAUAGCAAGAUCUAUGAUGCAACUGAAUGGUAUAUUUGUCAGGGGAUGAGAUCUCCAGUCAAUACUCACAAACCAAGCUUCCAUGUGAACACAAGUUUGACGGCCAAACAUAACAAUGGGAAGGGAACUAGCCCAGGACAAAGAGGAGCUUCAAUGCCAUCAUCAUCAUCAUCUAAUCUUGAAGAGAACAUGACCGAGGAGGAAUUCUUUGAAUGGUUACAGAAUGCAGUGCAAGCAGGUGUGUUUGACAAUUUUGCUGGCAGCACUCCAAGUGAGAGUCCAUCUGCUACUGCCGAGGCUGGGAAAUUCUCCAAGAGUGGCGGCAGCAACAGUGGCAGCAGCAAGCGGAAGAAGAAAGGAAAGAAGCAAUGGUGAGCUAAAGCUCCACUCUUUUAAGCCGCAAAAGUAGGAUAAAACAUUUAUGAGCCUAGUAAAUAGGGCUCAUAGACUUGGAUGAAGGCCUGUUGUGCUUUUCAUAGUGGGGCGAGGGAAAUGUAAUUUGCCAAUUAUUCAACAGUAUUGAGGUUUCCUUGAGCCUACAUUACACAGGGUUUGUAAUUGUAUAGACUUUUUUCCUUUCCCUGAAAGUAUACACAAGACGUUUGUAUCGGUUUGAAGGAGAAUGUACCGGUUUGAAGGAGAAUGCCUACAAGUUAUGGCUCGAUUACUUCUCCAGUGGCCUUAACAUGAUCUCCUUUUCUCCUUUCGACGGAAAGUUUUGAAACUAAUAUGAGAGAGAAGAGCAGAAUAUUGUAGACGAAUUGCUUUCAUUUGGAUGUUAGAGUGGGAUUAUAGUAUCUUAUCUAAUGGUGCAGCUUUUCCAAUAUGCAUA